AUGUCAAACUUCACGUCACGAGGAAAGGAAGACUCCGUAAAAUUAUCCGUGUGCUUGUUGAGUUCCGCUGAAGAGAGCGAGGAUGUCAAAUGUAAAUUCAAUUCUUACAUUUUUAUCUACGUGAACGCAAUUUUAUCCAUCACUGCCUUGCCUGGAAACUUCAUCAUCCUCGUCGCCCUUUGUAAAGAAUCUACUCUCCAUCCACCAUCAAAACUUUUACUUCGUUGGCUCUCGUGUACAGACCUCUUGGUAGGAAUGAUUUCCCAGCCCAUAUUUAUUGUUUAUCACAAGAUGAUCGCUGACAAAGUGGGUGACGUUUGUGAAGUAACUGAAAGCUUAGCUUACAUUACAAGUGCAGUAUUGUGCGGACAAUCUAUUAACACAAUGACUCUUAUAAGUACGGACAGGCUCUUUGCUUUGCUGUUCAGGCUGAGAUACAGGCAGAUUGUAACUUUAAAACGUGUCCGUUCAUUGAUCAUAUCUUCAUGGAUUGUAAACUUCACUUUUGCAUUGACUUAUUUGUGGAACAAAGAAUUUUUCUUUAUGGGCUCCUGCAUAUGGCUAUGGCUGUUCUUAAGCAUAUCUUCUUGUUGUUACUUGAAAAUUUAUUUCCAAAUUCGCCGCCAACAAGCGCAAAUACAGGAACAUGAUUCCAAUUCUACAGCUUCUUUAAACUUGGCGCGGUACAAGAAGACUGUUUUAAGUGCACUUUGUAUACAUUUAACAUUAUCAGUGUGUUAUCUCCCUUACACUGUCACGACUACUAUUAUUUCACUUGAAGGAAUAUCAAACUGUAAAGCUAUCAUUUGGAACAUUGCUGGAGUGUUAGUUUUUCUAAACUCGUCUUUGAACCCAGUUUUGUACUUCUGGACACUAAGAGAAAUAAGACGAACAGUGAUGGACAUUUUCAGACAAUUUUUUUCCUCAUCGUAACAUCAAAUACAAAGCCCUCCUACUAGAGCGGAAGUUAGUAGUUUUAAUUGACUUUGUGAAAAUAAGAUACAGUUGAAAGUUUGUUAAGCGGUUUGGAAGCGCUUUUCGAUUGAUAUACGAAAGACUAAAGCCAAAGUAAUUAGGACAUCAAGUUAAAAUAAAGGUUAAUUUUACAAGUAGCGUGUAAGAACUCAAAAUGGAAACAGGCAAACUCCCUGAAGCGUGAUAAAGCACGGGCGAUCAAGUCGUGAUUGGUUUCAGCUUUAAACCUCAUUGGUCGAAUCGGUGAUGCGAUUUUUGUGGACCAACCACAGAGCUUAAUGAAGUAAACCAACACAAUACCAGAUUGCUUUCGACGCUCAACGUUGUUUGUAAACCGUUAAGCUGACGCCUUAAACGCUCUCACUGACAGUUGUAGUUUUACAGAGAAUACCUACUGAAUUCUAAAAUUGUGUGCAUCUGUAAAAAUAUCCUCCAAAAUUUUUAAACUUCUUAAUGCAGUCUGACCAAAGUCCUCCGCAAACCGCGUUUAUAAUUAUUAUCAUCAUCAUUUUUAUUAUCCUAAGUGAGCGCGCCAAGACUUCCUCACAGGUCUUCUUUGAUAAGCUUUUUUUCCCUCUAAGCAAGUUCUUUUAUUCAUUACUUUCAUAUUAUGUGUCAAUGUCGUAUGCAAGCUAAACAUACUAUGGCUCGAUUAAGUUACUUUUGCUAGAACUAGGGGGUAUAUUUGAAUCACAAUGUCCUGAUUUAUCACAUUUCCAGCUUUAUUUCUUCUCUUUUGUUCAUUAAGUACUCGGGCCGAAG